CCAAGCUGGCUGGCCCUGGCACUCUUAUCUCCGCUACGCUCGGCACUGCGAUGCGCCGAGCAACUCUCCCUACUCCCUCUGUCUGUCUGUCUCCCCUCAGUGCAGGUAUAGGUGACCCUUGCUGCCCUGUGAGGCUAGCACUACUCACCUGGUGGGGGGCUAACACGAGACUCGUGUGUGCUGACACGGCCUACCUGAGAGGCAGAAAAAGUGUCUUCCUUGUACGGUCUGUGCAAAACUUUCCAGGUACAAUUGCGAUGCUAAUAUACCCGCCAAAGGCUUCUUGGAGUUUCGCUUUUAAAAAGAGUUAAUAAUUACUAGUCUGUUGCCGUUGAAUUUUGCCAUCGAGAACGAUAUAUAAAGUGUGAGUAGAAGAAAUAUGACAGAGCUGAAAUAUACUGUUCCUACGUAGUGAUUAAGAAUUCUGUCCCUGUACAACAAAUGCAGUGUUACAGUAUUAUCCAUGUGAUAAACUAGUAUUUUGAUCUCUGGAAAAAAUAAACAUUGAAGAUUGAACUUUUAACAUCAUAAACUGUGUUUAUCUGGAGACUGUAAGGUAACGAGACACCUCGCAGACCACAGAAUCUUGGGACAAGCGACGGUCUGGAGUUUUGAGAUUCUCUGACCGCGGGUUCAAAUCCCGCCCGUGGUAUGGCUUGCUAGGGAGUAGUCAGCUGCGAAGACCUUCAAGAGACAGUCAACGAAAUUCAAAAAUUAUGGAGUCUUCAGCUGAUGCUGUAAUGAACCCGCGUUGGAGACCGAAGAAAGAAAUGAGACAACACAGCUGAUGUUUCUCGCAGCAGAGUUGUUAGUGGCUUGUUAGACACGAGUUCCUCUGAUCAGCCGUCAUCGUUGUGAUCAAGAAUUUCUACGAUGUAACAGAACAUCAUAAGUGUCAGACGUCAGUCUGGAUUUUAAGGUCACCAAUAUAGGAAAAAAAUUAAGACUGCGUGAGAGACUCGGAUCAGGUGACACUGUCCAUUUUCCAUCAUCACCUCCAGUAGGACUCUCCAAGCUUAUGGACCAGCAAUCAGAAAUCGCAGGCCAUUAACUUUGUACAAAUCCCCGUUUAUCAAGAUUAGAAAAAGUUUUUGUUGAAAUCAGUGAGAUAUAACUAUGGAAAGGUUUGUGGACGCUUUAUAAUGAAAGACAAUUUUUUUGAUAUGUCAAAGACUUUCAGAAUUAAUAUAAUUCAACUUAAGAUAAACUUUAAUUUGUAAAUUCUGGCAAAAUAAACUCUUAGUUGCCAGGUAACACGGUAAUACGUAUCCAUGUCCAGAUAUAUGAACAACAGUGAUAUGCGUAUGUAAAACACUUGUAGAAAGUGACACUCAUGUACACUUGUAAAAACUUAUGUAUCUCUUACAAAUAUUUUCGUAAGCCUGUGUCUGAGACACGCUCGGUGUAAACAUUAAGCCUGACCACACCUACAUGUGGGGAUCCUCACGUAGUUGCUCCAGUCACAGCAGCGCUGAUCAUAUUAAAACCACAUUAGAAGAUAUAAGGCGAACUAGAAAUUUAAUGUAUAUACAGACGAUCGCUGGAGCCUUAUCGCGAAUUUUUAAAAUAAAAUAAAUAUUUUCACUUCAAUUAUCGAGGAAACAGAACUGGUGAAGCGAAUGUAGUUUCCCAACUGGAAGCCGCAGCGAGAAACUUGUGUUGAUAUAUUGGUUGCAGAAUGGGUGACCUGGAGGACUUGACGAUGGACGGGGAAGGAACAGAUAUAGACGAGGAGAAUGGUAUCGAACCUUUCCUCACUUUUCUUCCGUCCUAUAUCCUCUGCAACUCCACCAACUACACCAAGCUGCCCCUGUGCAACAACAACAAGACAGUAGAGGACAGCCCCAUCUUCGAGUACGCCAUCAUCGUUGCUAUCGUUGUACCUAUCAUCUUCGGCAUCAUCGUCUUGGUGGGCCUCUUUGGCAACACCCUCGUCGUCAUCGUCAUCAUCGCUAACAAGCAGAUGAGGUCAACAACAAACUAUCUUAUUUUCAGUCUGGCGAUGGCGGACCUACUGUUUAUCGUCUUCUGCGUCCCCUUCACUGCCUCCGACUACAUCUUGCUGUCGUGGCCCUUCGGCAGCAUCUGGUGCAAGGCGGUGCAGUACCUCACCUAUGUCACAGCCUACGCCUCCGUCUACACGCUGCUCCUCCUUUCCUUCGAUAGGUUCCUGGCGGUGGUGCAUCCCAUCGCUGCAAUCACAAUUCGCACACAGAGGAACGCUCUGUACUCCAUCGCACUGAGCUGGAUCCUCAUACUGACCUCGUGUAUCCCACUUUACCUCUGUCAUGGCAUCAAGAAGCAGAAGUUCGAGGGUGAAGUGUAUAUCCACUGCGCCUUCUUGGACAAAGAAUAUAAUCAUAUGGCCUUCCAUAUCGGCUUCAUCACCACCAUGUACUUCGUGCCACUGACGGUGAUAGUGGUUCUCUAUCUCAUGAUUCUCAACCGGUUGUGGUACGGUGUGUCGCUGGGAGGCAGUCGCAGCGCUGAGAGUGUCAGGGGAAAGAAGAGAGUCACCAGGAUGGUUGUCAUUGUCGUAGUUACCUUCAUCGUCUGCUGGUUCCCCAUUCAGCUGGUACUGUUGCUCAAGUCUCUGGAUCUGUACGAGAUGACGACCUUCAGGAUCAUAACCCAGAUAGCAGCGCAAGUCUUGGCUUAUAUCAACUCCUGCGUCAACCCCAUACUCUACGCCUUCCUCUCUGACCCCUUCAGGUAG